CUAGGGCUGGGGAACUGUGUGUUUUCAUGGGUUACUGUCUGAAUGGGAAGAAAAUGUAGGAGAGCUAGGAUCAGUUUCCAUGCCACACAGGACUCAUUAUGUAGUAUCUGAAUGAGGGGACAGGGAGCAGAAUGGAGGCUGGUGACAGGGAGAAGAUGGAAGCCAGAGAGGAGCGUCAGACCAGGAGGGGAACUGAGAGUCUGAGUAGGUGUACAGGAUUGAGUGAGGAGUACAUUUGCAUUUUAGCAGAGACUCAGGGAAGGCUUGUGUGCGGAGAAGGAAGUCAGAAGAGAGGGGCUGUGUGUGGGGUAGGUUUGUUAGAAAAGAGGUCAAAGACCGACUCUGUAAGAGAAAGAAAGCAUCUGCAAAUACUAAUGCUGUUCCUACAACUUUUGCUGUUGGUGGUUCUCCUCCCAGAUGGUGACAGUGAAGAUGAUUUCCAGGAGCCAGUCUCCUUCCGAAUCAUCCUGACCACAUCCUUUUACAACCCCUCCUGGACACAAAAUCAAGGCUCAGCUUGGCUGGAUGAUUUGCAGACUCACGGAUGGGACAAUAAGACCGGUGCUUUCAUUUACCUGCAGCCUUGGUCUAAAGGCAACUUCAGCAAUGAGGAGCUAACGGAAGUAGAAAAGUUAUUCUACACAUACUCCAUUAGAUCUCCUUCAACAUAUCAUAACCACGUCAGCCAAUGGCAGCUUGAAUAUCCCUUCCAGGUUCAGCUGGUGUUAGGCUGUGAUUCCCACUUUGGAGAAGCAUCAGUAGGCUUCAUGCAGAUUGCUUAUCAAGGAUCAGAUCUCAUGAGUUUCCAGAACACGUCAUGGUGGCCUUCUCCAAAGGGAGGAAGUAGGGCUCAGCAGGUCUGCGGAGUAUUCAAUCAAUACCAUGUUUUCAAUGAAAUAGUAUACAAACUCCUCACUGACUCUUGCCCCCAGUUCCUGUUGGGUCUUCUUGAAGCAGGGAAGGCGUAUCUCCAGCGACAAGUGAGACCAGAAGCCUGGCUGUCCACUGGCUCCAGUCCGGGUCCUGGCCAUCUUCUGCUGGUGUGCCAUGUCUCUGGCUUCUACCCAAAGCCUGUGUCGGUGAUGUGGAUGCGUGGUGAGCAGGAACAACAGGGCACCCAGCGAGGUGAUGUUCUGCCCCAUGGUGAUGGGACGUGGUAUCUUCAGGUGUCUUUGGAUGUGAAAGCCAGGGAGGCUGCUGGCCUGUCAUGCUUGGUGAGACACAGUAGUCUAGGAGGCCAGGACAUCAUCCUCUACUGGGAGAAGCCCCAUUCCAUGGGCUUGGUCUUCCUGGUGGUGAUAGUGUUCCUGGUGGUUCUGGCCGGUCUGACGUUGUGGCUCUGGAAGUGCUGGAAAACACACUGGAGACAUCCGUGCACUGACCUCCAUUCUGAACGAGAUCCCAACAGCCCAGGCUCCAGUACUUACCUAAACCCAAUUCAGUGGUGAAGUCCUUACAACUCUCUGGGCGCAAGUUUGACUUUCAGUUGUGCUUAAUGAUCAGUUGUCAAUAGAAGCUCAGUGUAAUUCAGUGGGGUUUGUUGUUCUGACUUGGUUCUGGAACUUAACUCUCAAAUUUAACUCAGUGUAAAAUGAAGUCCCAGCACCUCCAUGGGUGACAGACAACAGACACUUCUUCCAGAGAGCCCUCCCUUACUCAGAAGUGGAAGCUGUCUGUGGAGUGAGAAUUCCCACCACCUUUUCCUGCACUUUGACAGUUCUAUUCCCCAUCCCUGGUGCCUGUUUUCCCCAGUUAGGACAGUUUUCCUUCUAACUCUUAGGAUCCUUGAGAGCAAAGUCUAUAUGUUCUUCAUAUUUGUAUACUUGGGAAGGUGUCUCACCUGCAUGGAAAAUGUCCUCAAUAAAAACCCGUGUUGAAUUUAUGCUAAAUCCAUAGGUUCUCCUCUUCCUCCUCCUCCUCCUCCUCCUCUUCCUCCUCCUCCUCUUUCUUCUUCCAGACAUGCUUGUAGUUGUUGAGAUGUUUGCUGCUCUUCUUGUUAAAAGUCUUGUCACCUGGCCAAGGGAGUGCACAGUUUCCCUGUUCUGGUGACAUCUCCAGUCUCCUAAGUAGAAACACGUUUUCUGUGAAGAUUUGUAUUAUUUAACUACACAAACCUAUUGGAUGAAUCUGUUGCUCCAAGUAUUCUAGAUUAAACAGAAAUGCACGAUUUAGGCUUUUUUUUUUUUUUAAAUGUUUGCUGGACUCUGAGCAGCAGCAACAACUGUCACCCUGGGGCUUCUUAAAAUAUAAGGUCUUGGCCUCAGUUGACUUCCUGCAUCACAAUUUGCAUUUUAGCAAAAUCAGCAGGGAGAUUCACAGGUGCAGAAAUGUGAUGUCUGAGAGGUAGCCGAGUCUGUGAGUCCCUGAAGGGAGAGAACCGCUUCAGGAAAGAGAACAGGGGUGUUGUGGUCAGGAAUGAAUGGAGAUCCAGCAGAGACCACGCAUACAGUGCCUCCUGGCAUUCGCGGCUGCUAUUUACAGCUUCUAGGACUCUGAGUCAGAGAUAGUGAGCCAUUGCUCCUAGGGGAAAGGCAGGGUUCAGGUUCUGGGGGGUCUUUGCUCAUGAUCCUUGCCACUUGUUUCAUGUGUAUUUCUGUUUAAAGACAGGUUCUUGGGGUGCAUGGGUGGCUCAGCCAGUUAAGCUGCUGCCUUUGGCUCUGCUAUUACUCUCAAGGUCCUGGGAUUGAGCUGU